AUACCAGUGCUCUGUCUGCAGGGAGCACAGGGGGACUUGUCAGCUUGGGGUGGGGGGCUGCAGUGGAGGUUAGCCAUCAAGGGACUAAUCAGGAAUGGUUCCCAUCAUGGACCAAGCAGAGCUGUGAGAUUGGCUCUUUUAGAUGGCAAUAGUUUACAUGGGCUGUAAAAUUUCUAGUGUUACAUUGGUGUUUACUCAUGCACCACCAGGACUGAGAGCAGAGAUGAGGACUGAGGAGCAGGUGCUCUACUCAUCUGGUCAUGGUGCCAGAACAAAGACCUUGGUGGCAGCUCAGCUGCCAUUGGUUUUUCUCUGAUGAAGAAGAAAUCCUUGUUUCCAUGGACAGGACUCAGUUGGAGAGGGUGUGAGAGAUGCUGGCCUCUUCCAGGGCUAGUGUUUGCCGUGGAUUUGAACAACUGCACUUCCCCCCUGGGAUCUUCUACUUUGUUUCAUGGCAAGAUCCAUGCAGUGCCACAGUGUCCUCCGAGCUGUGUGAAGCACCAGUGCCUUCUCUAUUCCAAGAGACUCUUACAGACUUGAUAUGCCAUGGCACUGUCCAACAACCACAUCUGCCCUGUCCACAACUGGAGUUACAACCAGUCCUGUGACAUGGACGGCCCCAGCUCCUGCUGCACGCUGGAUCACAUCCCCCUCGUCAGCAAGUGUGGCACCCUGCCUCCCGAGAGCUGCUUCUUCAGCCUCAUCUGCAGCCUGGGCUCCUUCAUGGUCAUCCUGGUGGGCCUGCUGCGCUAUGCCCACCUCCUGGAGCGCCUGGGGCCGUCCCUCCUCAACACCCUGGGGCUGGCCACUGGCUGGGUCUGCGCUGCUGGCCUCACCAUGGUGGGCAACUUUCAGGUGGAUCACGCCAAGGUGCUACACUACAUUGGGGCAGGGGUGGCCUUUCCCACCAGCAUGCUGUUCCUGCUCCUGCAGUCCAUCCUCACCUACCGCAUGGCUAAAACCCGAGGGCAGUACUGGACCGGCCACUUGCGGAGCAUCCUCACCAUCGUGGCCUUCUUCACCCUCGUCUUCAGUGGUGUGUUCUUCAUCCAGGAGAGCUUUGUGCUACAGCACGUGGCUGCCUUGUGUGAGUGGAUAUUCAUCAUUGAUGUCCUGGUUUUCUACGGCACGUUCACCUUUGAGUUUGGGGCCAUCUCCACAGACACAUUCCUGGUCCUGCUGAAAGCCAGCCGGGCCCCCAAAAGUUACAAAGGCGAGAGCAGCCUGUCCAGUACAGCCCACGUCCACAGCCACGUGGAGGGCCUGGCUAUGGCCUGACCCGCACAGGAAGCAGCCCACAGUGGAGACCCCAAAUUGGGCUCUGCCAGUGACUCCCCACCUUGAAUAUUUCUGAAAACCCCGCUGCUGUGUGUUUGUGUGUUUGUGUGUUUGUGUGUGUGUGUGUGUGUGUGUGUGUGUGUGUGUGUGUGUAUGUGUUUGUGUGUGUGUGUUUGUGUUUAUGUGUUUUUGUGUGUGUGUGCAUGUUGGCCUGGUGUGCCCUCCACUCUCAGCAGGAGCUGUGUCCAGUGCUCCUGUGGCAGCUGUUGCCCCUGCAAGAGCUGUCCCCUCCCUGCCCACAGGGUUUGGGGUCACUGCUGGGCUGUGGGGAUGCCAUCCUGGUAUCAGCAGAGCCAGGAUCUGCCCCUGAGCCUCUGGGGUAGCCUGGUGUGAGUCAGGCUGCUGAAGGCAAUCGAACUGAAGCUUCCUCCUGAAAGGGGCAUGGUGGGCUGGAAGGGGACGAUAUCUGUGUUCUUCCCACCUCCAUAGGGGUAAGCAAGCCUUCCAUCUGGCUAUUGUGACUGUCAGAGGAGCCAAAAACACAGAGUGCCUUUUCCCUUGGGAAGUGACUGCACUGCCAGUCUGUUUGCAACCCCAUUGAGGAUGGCAGCAGGGCCUCUCCCUCCUGCCUUCCCAGGUGGGGGUGGUGUCUCACUCUGUUGCAGGAUGGCACCAGCAGCCCCAGCUGGACUGUGCUGACCCCCUGUGCCCCAUGCCUGGGCUCUCACUGCUCAGGCCUUCUAUGCCAUCAGUCAAUGGCUUUUCCUGCAUUUUUUCAGCUUUGAGAAUUGCUGAGGCAGGUUUCACCUCCCUGGUCACAGCAUUUCCCUGCUUCCAGCUAAUUUGGGAAAUGAGUCUUCAAAUUUACCAUCAUACAGGGGAUGUCCUGCAGGCACCGUGCCUGCUGGCCAGGGGACUUCUGCUCUGUGCUGCUGCCAGCCCAAGCUCUCCCAGGGAGUGCAGCCAUGGAAAGGGGGAGCACUUCUGUAGGAACAGAAGAAGCGUGUGCCCCCUUCUUCUGGGACUCCCAAAUCCAUCCUCUGUUGCCUUGGCCGAUGCCUGCCUGGCUGGAGCUCAUCCCGCUCAGCCGCAGCAUCCUUGGCGUGUCCUGCGCAGGGGGCUGAGGUGUCGAGGGCUGUGAGUGCUGUGUGUGCGUGCAUGUGUGUGCAUGCAUAGAUCUACAAAUAUAUAUAUAUAUAUACACGUACAUAUAUAUAUAUAUAUAUAUAUAUAGUCCCCUUGUCCCUGGAGAGGGGCAUUUACUGCUGCUGCUGCUGCGCGCAUUGAUCAAAUUGGGCUUUCCUAUUUGCCCACUUUUUCCAAACCGGCCUGUAAAUCCACCAGUAUAUGUAGUUCAAAGAGGAGCCUUUCUGACUUUUGUAUCUAAUAUAUUUUUUAAAAAGUAUAUAUAAGGACAACAGUGAAUUUACAAUAAUAAAAGUGAAAAUCGUC